AAAUACUCCCGCAUGCGCAGUGGUUUGAGUUUUGUUUGAAGUGAACUGCUGCCUGGGACUGCCCUACAAGCUGCAAAGUCGCCAAGCAUUUGAUUUUAACAGUAUAUCUUUCUCAUUUCCUUUAUAUUCUUUUAGUGCAUCUAUGCAUCGUAGAGACGAUGUUAGGCCAUCACUAUCCAAAUGCCGACAAGUCGCAACAACUGGUCAACUAUGUGGAGGAUUAUCUGGAAUGUGUGGAGUCCCUGCCUUUGGACAUACAAAGAAAUGUUUCUGUGCUUCGCGAAAUUGAUGCAAAGUAUCAAGAGGUGCUGAAGGAGGUGGAUGAAGUAUUUGAGAAGUACAAAGGUGAGCAGGAUGUAGCUCAGAGAAAGCGGCUGCAGAUCCAGCUGCAGAGGGCGCUCAUCAUUAGCCAGGAGCUGGGCGACGAGAAGAUCCAUGUAGUGACCCAGAUGACGGAGCUGGUGGAGAACCGCUCCCGCCAGAUGGACUCCCACUCCCUGUGCCUCCAGGAGCCGAGCGAGGCAGAGCGGCUCACUACGGAGCGGCGCUCCAGCAUCCAAGACUCCACAGCCCCUGAACGCACCUCCGCCCGCCGCCCACGACGCCAGCGCAACAGCGAGAGCCGCGACUCCAGCCACCCGUCAGCCAAUGGCUCUCUGGUGGACGACCCUGUAGAGGAGCUGUCCAUCCCUCCGCCCCGAGAGAAGAAGUCCAAGUCUGCGAAGAAGAAGAAGCGCAAGGCCAAACAGGAGCGAGACGCCUCGCCGGUUGAUUUUGCCAUCGACCCCAACGAGCCCACUUACUGCCUCUGUGAGCAGGUGUCAUACGGUGAGAUGAUCGGCUGCGAUAACGACCAGUGCCCCAUCGAGUGGUUCCACUUCUCCUGCGUGGGGUUGACUUACAAGCCCAAGGGCAAGUGGUACUGCCCCAAAUGCAGAGGGGACAGCGAAAAGACCAUGGACAAAAGCCUAGACAAAAACAGAAAAGACCGCAGAUCCAGGUAGUGACCCGUCUUCAGUCGCCCCUCACUCAUCUGGAAGAUGUCUUCAGCCUGAGGGUUAAGAUUAUCAGCUGUAGUUGAUAACGGUAAUCGUGAUGUUGUAAGAGCACAAUCGAACACCAUUAGUAGCAGCGCUUAUUAUUAAUCAAGGACAAGUUGUGAACUUGUGGUGUUACAUCACCGAUUGUUCCCACUGGCUAUAACUGUACUGUAGUCUGUAGGGAGUCCAGGUACUGCAAGAAUCAUCAGCUUGAAGCUGCCAUCUUCCUCAAGUGUUUAGCUUUUUGUGAGACUUAUUUUUUUUUACUUUGAUUUACGAGAAAAAAAUGAAAGCAUCUUUUGGUUUAUUAUCCCUUUUCAUUCUGGACAUGGUUCAAAUAAAAAUAAGGUAUUCCUGCUAAUGGUCAUUAUUUUCUUCAGUUUUGGCCAAACAAACUUAGUUUUUCUUUAUUUUAACUUGAUUAAUUGUACUCAACUAUUUGAAAUCAGUGUCUGUCUCUAUACAAUAAUGGCUUGUAGAGAAUAACCUACCAAUGUAAUAUGUUUACAAGAGAUUGAUAUUUAAUUGAGGAGAUGAUUGUUGAUGGGACACUGGAAUAGGAUGUCAUGUCUGUGGACUUAAUGUUUUCACUGGUUCACUAUCACUAUUGUGUAAAUUUCUUUUUAUAUUCAUUAAAACAAAGUAUAGUCAUUCAA